ACGUUUCAUUUAUGCAUCUUACUUAACUAUUAAGAAAGUUUGCAUUGCUCGCACUUUACAUACACAACAUCCACUUCUAGUUCAGUAUUUAUUUAUAUACAUGCACCUCACGUCCGUACAUAUGGAUUGGUGCAACUGCAAUAAACUAAAUUUUCAUUCCCCAGUAAAUAUUCCUAUACACACAAUCAUGUUUUUCACCGAACUGAAACACGCCAUUAUUACAACUGUUAUAUUAGUAAUUUUGCUAAUAAUUACCACCUUUUCAGUGGCACUUGGUGUGUUUAUUUUUACCUGCACAAUAACUGCUGAACCGGAUACACUCGGGCUGGUUGGAGAAAAUGAGAGCGAACAAAUUUUCGUGUGGAUUCUGAAAUAUCGGGAAACUUCCGUUCCAUUCCUGGUCAGCAAGGAUAACUUUGUCGUUUGGGUGGUCACCUGGGCCAGAGGGAAUUAUGUGCAGCUGGACUUCGAAGCGAUCGUGAUGAUGGUGUCGGGCGCAUUUUUGUUGGGACUGGUCAUGACGGCGUUUGGAUUUGUGAUGGAUUUAGUUUCUGAAAUGUUCAGGGUUCUGGAAAAUCUAGGCGUGCAAAUAAGUUGGAGUCGGAUUCUAGCAAUUUGCAUCCUUCUCAUGGCUUGGAUCGCGUACUUUGUUGGUUUUCAUAUUGAUAGUUUUUCCAACGAGGAGAAUUUAAGUUUAAGAAAACCUGAGAGUUUAAAUUCAACAGAAAUUUCUACGUUGCAAGAAAUAACGCAUGUUCUAUUAUAAUAAUUUGUAUUAUUCAAUUCAGUUUUUGUAUGACAUGUAUUAAUUAAUUAAUAUUUGUAAGGUCGCAUUGCUCAUUAAAAAUGUGAUAAUCGAUCGAUAAUCGAGGAUGAAAAUCUUUCCAAAUUUAUUAUUCGGGAUUUUCCUUACGGAUUUUUCUUUAUUCUGUUACAAAAUUUAAAAAUUAACUAAGAUACUUAUAAAGCUCUACACAAUUCGAUUACACUAUUUUUUGUAAAUACUCCAAAAAAUCUAAUCGAGGAGAUGAUAAGGAAUCUAAUUAUUUCUACAGAUAUCCUAACUUGUAGUAAUCAGUGACUGUUUAUGAAAUUGCUCAAUUGUUAAGCUUUCUAUGUACCCUUACGACUUUUACCACGCUUGUAUUAUUCUCGGAACUAUUUUGUAUGAUAAAGUAGAACUUAAAUAUCAAAACUUUUAGCAAAAUAUCUCGUAAUAAAUUUUUCUACUUAAUGACAA